AUGUACAAGACGCAGGAAUCUCGUGCGAACGUGGGAUUCCGGACGGCCCGCGCGAUGGAGUGCCCUCGGCCCGGGGCGAUUUUUCUCAGCCCGCGGGCACCGGGGCUGCCGUCGAGUUUUGGCUUGGUACUAAAGGAGAACUAUCGUUACCAGCACGAGGACUCUCCUGGUUCCAUUUCUGGCCAUGAUGAUGAAUUGCUCGCGACGCAGCGCACUAAACGAAACGGAACGGAGCGAAUGGUGCGCCGCCACCAGGAGCGGGUUGAGCAACGUGACGCAGGCGCGACGGCCGUGGGCUCGCCAAUUGUGUACCAGACGAACCGGGCGGAGCCAAGUGGCUGGCAGUUGCCGCUUACGGUGCCCGUGGACGUCAGGCUACGCUCGGAGGCGCGCGCAGACAGGCACUUGCAGUUCAAGAAGGCGGCGAAGGCCCGUUUGGAGGCUGCGGUGGCAGCCAAGGAGGCUCGCGAGGCGGAGGCAACACGCUUAUACCGCCAGACGCUGACGGUGUUCAAGGCGCGACCCAUGCCCGACUUUUGGGGCGACGGAGGGGAGGGCAAGAAGCAGGGCAAGGCCAGGGCUGGCAAGAGGCCCACCCAGAAUGUGUCGUCAUCGCCAGCGCACAAGCGUAGCCGUGCGCACUGA